AUGAUGAACGUUAAGCUAGGGAUUAUGAAAGGAGGGACCGGAAUGAAGAGCCGGCUCGGAAUGUACAAACUAGGUGGAGCAGCUGGUACACGGAUCCGCAACCGCACAGCGAGCCUCUGGAAUCGUAGGUUCUACAGCUCGCGCGCAAACCACAUGCUGCGAAUUUCGGGCUACGAUAGGCAGGUGGUGGUGAAGCUGGUGGUAGUCACAGGAGUCACCCUGGUACUGGGCAGUCUGCUACUUAACUUUGCGGAAAGAGAGCCGGAAGCUGACGAAGGCCAUGAGGGUGAUGAGGUUGACGAAAACGGCGCUCGCAAACGCGGACCCAAGAUUAAGAUUUUUAACAACAACUGGCUAUUCUUCUGGUACUCUACGCUUCCUCUCAAUGCGAUGUCGCGGUUAUGGGGUCAGGUAAACUCGUUGACGCUGCCCGUCUGGAUGAGGCCAUGGAGCUUCAAGCUGUACGCUGCCAUGUUCGGCGCAAACCUUGACGAGAUGGAAGACCCAGUUUUAGAGCACUACCAAAACUUAUCUGAGUUCUUCUACCGUGGCAUCAGACCCGAGACACGGCCUGUUGCUCCGGGCGACGACGUGGUAGUUUGCCCAAGCGAUGGCAAGGUGUUGCAGCUUGGCGUGAUCGACGCUCACACCGGCGAUAUAGAGCAGGUCAAAGGAAUGACAUAUUCUGUCCGCGAAUUUCUUGGGACCCACGCGCAUCCUCAAAUGACAAGAAGCGAGUCUCACGAUAGUAUUAAGAAUUCAGCUACCGCAGACAAGGACCACAUCGAGUUUGCACGCAUCAACAACAUUCCGUACACUUUCAACGAUAUGAUUGGUGAGACCCCCGGCGAAGAUAGCUCGCACCUGCAGAAAAUCAAGUACACUAGCGAAGGCGAUAAAUCGCUACCGGAUGCAUCACCUUCCAGACCCAAGAUCAUGAAGCUUCUCAGCCAACUCUCAACACAUUAUAUUAGCAAGAUGUCUGACAUGAAGCCAGAAAACAACAAGCUUUUCUUUGCAGUCAUCUACCUCGCACCCGGGGACUACCACCAUUACCAUUCUCCAGUAAAUUGGGUGUGCAAGCUUCGUCGUCACUUUCCAGGCGAACUGUUUUCGGUGGCACCCUACUUCCAGCGCAACUUUCCAAACCUGUUCAUAUUGAAUGAGCGUGUGGCUCUACUAGGCCAUUGGAAGUAUGGAUUUUUCAGCAUGACACCAGUGGGUGCAACUAACGUUGGGUCUAUCAAACUAAACUUUGACAAAGAACUGGUCACAAACGAAAAACGCAAUAGAAGAACCAAGCCUCACACUUGCUAUGAAGCAACUUACGAGAAUACAAGCUCUAUUUUAGGCGGUGUUCCACUGGUCAAGGGAGAAGAGAUGGGGGGCUUUAUGUUGGGAAGCACGGUUGUACUAUGUUUCGAAGCACCAAGCGAUUUCAACUUUGAUAUCAAAGUUGGGCAAGCCGUUAAGAUGGGCCAACCUCUCGGAAAAACGAGUCAAACGGCUCAAGAAAGCUUAGGAGACGGCCAAGAGUGA